AUGCAGAACCAAAAUGCUCCUUGGAGGUGCUUGCACUGCAAACAGCUCCGCAAGCAAAGUGCGACUCAUUGUCAGACAUGCCAUUUACCAUGGCAGACGGCAAUGGACCGCACCUACAUCCAUGGUGUCAAGCAGCAGCAGACUUUUCCGCAGAACUAUCAGCAACAAUGGAAUUAUCAAGGUGGGCAUCAGUACUACCAGGGCGACCAGUCCCCUCGCAGUCAGAAGUCCCCUCGCAGGUAUCAGAGCCCUCGAAAGAAAUCGCCAAGAGGAGGCAAAGGCAAGGACAAUGCAGGAUUUGGUCAGUCCUCUCAGUUCCAGUCCUUUCAGCACUUGCCACCUCAGGGAUAUCCUAUGGGCCCUCCAUUGCCACCACCGAGUGGUCCACCGCCUCCGUGGGCUCACCCUGGUGCACCGAGCAAUAUGAUGCCGAUGAUGAACAUGAUGCCGAUGCAGAACGUUUCAGUGCCGCAGCAGUGUGCUCCUGCGCAGGCCUUUGCCCCUUUGGCAAUGCCUACGCCUGCAAUGCCAACUCUGGUGCAAGAGGCGGUGCCGAACGAACUGCUCAACUAUUUGCAGAAGCGCUCUGUGGAUUUACCUCCGGAUGUGCAACAAAGAGUCCAGACAGAGUCGAGGAAGCAAGGAAAGAGGGUUAUCAAAGAUCUUCAAGCAGCAGCCAAGUCUCUGGGAGAGGCCCGCACUGCCUACGAAGAAGCCCUGGUUGCCCGUACCCAGCAUAUCAGCUCCUGGAAAUCCUUUUUGGCCGAGGCUGUGAAAAACUGGACAGAUUAUGCCAAGCUUUUCGAACAGCACGAACAGGCCUUACAGUUGAGAAUUUCAUCUGCGAAGGACCAAUUCCAGGAAGCCAAGGAAUGCCUCGAUGCUUCCAAAACCUCUGCAGGACAAGUUACCGAGAUCAGCGACGAGGAGGAACUUCCGGGCGACUCCGAAAAUUCAGCCAUGCAAAUCACCGAGAGUAUCCAGACGCUCUCCAACUCCUUGAUGAAGCUCUCCAAAGACGCAGAGUCUAUCCAGGUGGAAGGACCAUCAGCGAAAAGGCCCAGAAUGGAAGAGAAAAAGGAGGCAAAGAAUUCUGACAAUGAACGGUUCAUCCCUUUUAUCAACUUUGACAAGACGUUUGCAGAUCCCAGCAACUUCACUGGUCGAUUCUCCGGCACGAGACAGCACUUUGCUGACGAUGCUGUAGUAGAUCCCAAUGACGUAACUGGUGAUACCUCCAGUCAUCCUGGAGUCAUCGAGCAAUAUAAAAUCACGGACAACUACUAUGACAAUCCAGCACGCCGCAUCCAACAGGAACCUGAAGAACCUGAUCCUGACGUCAUUCCUGACAUUCAUGAAGCGCCACAGUUUGCUCAAGAUCUUCACGCAAUCGCUGGACGUUUUGCCAUUUAUGACGAUCCGGAUGGAGAUGGAAUUUUGCGGCUGAGAACUUGGUAUCUUCACCAUCAACACAUGAUUGUGAACUUCCAUUCCAGGACCGUUGAGCUGGAUGAAGAUUGGCGGCGUUGGUCCGAUGAUAUCAUUGGCUCUUGGCGAACUCAUCUUCAUGCUGGGGCCAGUAUUUUCUUUCAUCUUGUCCAUCCGGAUCCGUACAGAGGAUAUCUCAGACAAGAAGUUCAUUGUGACAUCAUCAUCACGCAAGGCAACGAACUGCCACGACGCGCAGGGCUUCUGACUGUUCACUAUCAAGGAGAACAAACAGACCCGCACACUUAUGCAGUUGCGAGUUCCCUGGAGAUGGUCGUCAGUGGCAAACGAUUAGUCGAAGCGGCGGAUGCUGAUCAAUGGUGUCUCAAUUCUCUCCAUCGAUGCAGCGUUGCAUUUGGGUGGCAACACAUCCCCUUUGAUUUUCAGCCUAUUCAUCAAGUUCAAAAUGGACAUGCCUUCACUAUCAUCGUUACGAAAGCGCGACAAGAGCAUGACCUUUCUCUUCCUGAUCCGGCUGAAUCAUAUGGGCAGAAUACGCAAGAACAUGACUAUGAAGAAGCUCCACAUGCUGGAGAAUUUGCCCGGUCUCCUCAAAGUGUGAGGUCAGCAUCUUCUCUUCCAUCACGUUCGGACUUUGAGGUAGGAGUUCAUGUCUUCCGUCUUGGAAUGCCUGAUGAGCACUGCUAUGUGGGCUGGCAGGAUUACCGGCAAAUUCUUUCUGACAUCACCAGAUGUGUACAUGCUCAGCGCAACGAGAUUGUGGCACUGCACUACCUGCAAGUUCAGUGGCAGCCCAUGCAGAUGAAAGUUUCUCCAGAGCACGUUGUCCAACCGGCGAUUCAUCGGGCAAGCCAAGGUCAACAGCAAGAACCUGCACCACAAAGACCUUUCAGCAGUUUUCAUGGCAGAGAUUUUGACACUCUGUCCAACCUCUUUGCAUCUCACUCCCUGAUUGAAUGUGAAGAAGAAGGUCCUAUUGCCUAUGUUGAUACUUGGUACAUCCACCAUGAACGUCAGCGACAAUGUCGAGCACCUCGUGCGGUGCGCCUCUUCCAAGAUCCUGCGGAAUGGAUUGAAGACCUUUUGGAACCCUGGCGUGACAUCAUUGAUCCGACCAUUGCCAUCACGAUCUUCCUUGUGAGACCCACACCCCCAUGCACUCAGAUGGAAUGUCUUCUUGCCCAUCUCAUCAUUGAACAGGCACCUAGACCAGAGUGGGUUGUCGGUCUCAUCUCCAUCCAGGAAGUGAAUCCUCAGGGAAUUUCCAUUGAUCACCGUGCCUUUUCCUUGCCCUCAUUGAUGUGGGCUCAAGCAGUGAUUCGAUAUGCGGACAUCCUUGAACGAUGUCGUUUUCGCAGCUGCACAGUUCAAAGAGGAGCCAUACCUUUUGGAGUUUUUGACAUGGACCAUGUGGAUCCGGGCAUGAACUUGGUUAUUGUUGUGCGCGACAGAAUGCCAUUUGUUGCGUCAAGCUCCAUUGAGGGUGACGUCAGUGGACUCAUGCAGCGCCCUCCAGAUCCCCAUGUUGCGGCUGGACCACCUGAAGGACCUGCAGCGGCGGCGCCUUUUGCCUUCAAUCCGAACGCAGCUGCCUUCUGCCCGGGCCAAGCACCACUCAAUGUUCAGCCUGAGACCAUCCAAGAGCUCCAUGAGCACUGGCGCCGAACUGCCUUUUGCUGGGAGGAUGAAUCAGCUUCGACAUCGGUCAUCACAUGGUUCGUCGAUCAAUUUCACCAGCACCUUCAUUCAUGUUGGCAGCCUCGAAUAGUACGGCUUUACGAAGAUUUUGAUGCCUGGGAAAGCACCAUGCGGGCUGCCUGGAACGAUGUUCAACUGCCUGGAGCUCCCAUCUUGUUCCACGUAGUGCUACCUGAAUUGCUCGGCUUAGCCAUCAACUUGCUGUUACAACUCAUGAACGACUUCAUCUGGAGCACCUGGUCACUGGGCUGGGUCUUGCCGGAAGAUGUCUUCAUCCUGGAGCUCCGUCAAUUUGCGAAGCAUGGGUAG